GGAUGACUGGGUUUGGUGUCCCUGAAAUAUGUUGAGAGGAAGGGGGAAGGGGUCGUACGAAAAGAUUCAUCUCAUCGGUCAUUUCUUCUGGGAUGCUGUGAAAGGCAAAGCCAAACCCACUCCACCGCAAUCCGACGAUCUCAACGGCGGCCUAACCAACAGGGUUUCUCGUUUUCAUUUCGAUCCUCUUCAAUUUCGUUUCUGCUCUCUUACUUCUGCCACUCCACGAUCUCCUGCUGGGUUUCCUCGUUUACCAAUGGAAAUGUAUUGAUAAGCCCCCCCUCCCCCCUCAGAAUAAGAUUGCAAAAACAACGAUCUUGUUGCAUAAACCUAUCUCUCAUCAUGGCGGUUGCUGAGAAUGUUGGACCCAAAAUCGGCUCUCCAAGUCAAAGUUUGGAAAACACUAUGGUUUCCUCCGAUUCUAAUGACCCCAAGGAUGUUGAAAAUCAGAAGCCUAAGAACGAUUCUACGCUUCCGAUGAAUGCAGAACCCGACUUUCAUCCCAACGCCAAUGAUCAGAAUAUGCAAAAGAAGGUACAUCUUCAGGAGAGAGCUGCUGCUGCGACUUCUUUUUCACUUCCUUCGCCCAAUUUCAAGGCCCAAAUGGGUCAGAUGCAGAACGGGUUUGAAACUAAUGGCCAGUCGUUGAUGGUGAAGUCUGCUUCUGGUUAUGGGAUGAAUCAGAGGCCUAAUGGAGUCAUAAAUGGAGCCGAUGGAGGGGACACCUUUAAGAGAGAUAUGAGGGAUCUGGAGGAGUUACUGUCCAAAUUGAAUCCCAUGGCUGAGGAAUUUGUCCCUCCUUCACUAGCCAAGAACUUUUCUGGUUACUUCGGGGGUGCUGGCCUUGGGUAUACUAGCGACUUUCUAUUGCAAGCUAAUUCUGUCAACAACGAAGGGAAUAAUAGUCGAAGGAAGAAGAAUGGUUUUAGUCAAGGGAGACGGAGGAUGAAUAAUAAGAUGAAUGCAGUGAAGCGGGAUGAGAUGACCCGUAGGACAGUGUAUGUAUCAGACAUCGAUCAGCAGGUGACUGAAGAGCUACUUGCUACUGUCUUUGCUAGCUGUGGAGAGGUUGUUGACUGUCGUAUCUGUGGUGAUCCCAACUCCAUUCUUCAUUUUGCCUUCAUCGAGUUCACUGAUGAAGAGGGUGCAAGGGCUUCCUUGAAUCUUUCAGGGACCGUGCUUGGUUUCUAUCCAGUCAGAGUGCUGCCCUCAAAAACUGCAAUAGCUCCGGUCAAUCCUGACUUCUUACCCAGGUCGGACGAUGAACGUGAGAUGUGCUCAAGAACUAUCUAUUGUACAAAUAUUGACAAGAAGGUUACUCAAGCAGAGGUCAAGCUGUUCUUUGAAUCACUAUGUGGAGAGGUUCAGCGCCUUAGGUUACUUGGAGAUUAUCAUCAUUCCACUCGUAUAGCAUUUGUUGAGUUUACAAUGGCUGAGAGUGCAAUUGCUGCACUUAAUUGCAGUGGAGUGGUGUUGGGUUCCCUGCCAAUAAGGGUGAGCCCAUCAAAGACCCCAGUUCGUCCUCGCUCUCCUCGUGCCCAGCUGAACUGAAUGCGGCCCUGCAUCCGUCCCAUGUUGGUCUGGUGCUCGAUAGAUAUAUUUAUAUAUAUUGCAUAUAUAUAUAUUAUGGUUAUAGAGAUAUGUUCAGAAGGGGUUGUGGGCUUUGGUGAUGCAUGGAUCCUCUGCAGUGGAGUCGGUACCUUUUUGUACCUUGAACUAGGUGUUGGUGAAUGAGAUAUUUGUUUAGUUUUUUAUAGAGUGGAUGGCAUUUUGAGGCUCUUAGUCGUUUAUCUCUGAUGAUGUUAUGGUGGAUGCACCGGUGGAUUCUGUAGGGUUGGUCCCUGGGUACACUUGGAUCUUUCUUUCAAUGUUUCUAACUGGAAACUCUUAAUCAACUCUCCGCUCUUUAGUCUUUUUCUCGA